UAGUUAUAUUUUAAUCACUCGCGACGACGGUCGAUCGCAGUUCAACUGGCCAUUUGGUGUAUGCGCGUAAUAACUCCUUCUACACUUCCUUCCACUGCUGCCCAGCAAGCAACCGAAGAUCGUUCGGUAAUUUUUGUGUUUGUAUUUCAUCGAAAAGUGCAGUCCUCCGUUUAUAUGUCUUCAAAGUGAAACAUUUGGCCUUUCAUUGAUUUCGAAAAUCGAGCUGCGGUUUCCGAAGAAGUUCGCGGAAGGUGCUGACUGUUUUUUUUUUCGACUCACUUUCCUUUCACGUCCAGUUUUACGACCGUGUGCUGUGUCUGAAUCUGUUUGCUGUUUCGAUUUGCAGAUACAAAAAAAAAUCUGCUGUUUAGUGUCUAACGAAAGGAGAAUAGAAAACCCAACACCCAACAGGUUUAAAAUAAGAAUACGGUGUUUCUCUACUCGGAAACGCAACAGCAGUGUCACGUCCGGCAGGAGCAAUUUUUUGCGUUGGUGUAAACAUCAGUAGAUACCAGACAGUCAGUGUAGGACUGCUAAAUCAUGACAACCACCCGAGAGCGGCGAGAAGAAUACCACUCCAAUGUGGUGCGCACGUUGACUCCAUCCCGGCCACUUUCACCCGGAACGCACACGACCGAGUUCGAUAGUAACUUAGAUAAUCUCCUGGAGGACCUGCAGGCAAGUGUUUCCCGUCCGGGCAGCUCGUUAGGGCAACCGAUUACCGGCAGCUACCAAACGACCCGUGAAGUGCAGUAUCUGCAGCCAGCCAAUGUCACCACCGUUGCCCGGGAGCGUUCGCUCAGUCCCAGUGUUCAAACGAGCGAUCGCAAACUAUACAAAACGGCCAAAUACGAAUACAAGAGCAGCAGUUCCAGUGGCGGCGGUCCAGCAGUCGGAUCGGAGAGAGUCAGCGAAGUCUACCAGCGCAAUAUCAACCAACUCGACACGCUACUGAAUGACCUUGAAAGGGAGCGCGACUCCUCGUUGGAUCGAAGUCAACGUAGUCUUAGUCGAACUGGCAUCGAUUCCGGACUGACGGAGCCUGGAUCUAAAAUCGUCAAAACUACUCACACAUACUCAUCAACUGGCAGCAAACAGCCAGUCUCGCGGGAGUUAAUAUUCGACUCCCCGGGUAGCUACGAGGUACGGCAGUCCCGCUCACGCCAACGCAGCCCCUCGUAUGAAAAUGAUUCGACCACAGUGAAAAAUGUAUCCUACAGCUCCGAACACAGUGGCAUCUACGGAGGAAUCAAUCGUUCCCGCACGGCUACUCCGGUUCGAUCCGAACAGUAUUACACCGAAACGCGCACCGUUUCUCCAAACUCGGAUCUGGUGCCACGGAACGUUCAUUAUAAUGAAACAGUCUCCGUUGAUACAAUCCCGGCAUCCAAGGCACUGGCCAAUAUUCCACUGUCCGAUAAUAUUUUACCACGACCGAAUACGAAGGUGACAACGACGGUGCGAACUUACACAUACGAGCUCCCGCCUGAUAGCGAACUGAACCAAACAUUAUCCUACCGCAACGAAUCGUUCAACCAAACCUCCAAUACCUUGCCAGCCGUCUAUCCGGAACGAGAUCUGUCUCCAACUCAGCAUGUCACUCCAACCUCUAAAACCAUCCUGGUUAAGAAUGAAACCAUCAACACAACGAAUAACGUUCAGCAGUACCCAGUUCCGACAAUUUUAGAUCACCAAUUACCACCAAAUACAGCCAAAACCAUUUACUACAAGAAGGAUACCAAGCACUCAACGACCAAUACGUACCCUGUCUAUCCGGAUCACCCGAACGGUCCCCAUCCAACGAACUUCAAAGCCAUUGAUGGCCCUCCAAUCGGAGACCACCCACCUCCACGUCCAAUCAAAUACACGGAUAGCCCCGCCUAUCCACCAGCAACGAAUACUUACAUUUACCGCGAGGAACGUACCAACAAAACCAACAACCGAUACGGAUCCCCGGUUCCGAUAGUAGAAUAUCCGGACCGCCACGGAACAUACCCGAGAGAACCUCAGCCGACUACGGUAACCUACAAGUAUAGCUCGACGACUACUAACGCUUCUAGAAAUAUCUAUCCACCACCGGAGGAACGGGAACCGCUGCUGCAGCCUUUCCCUACGGAAGGCAUUCCACCGAGUGAAGUGGACGGUAAUCCUCCCAAGCGGGUCGAUGAUCUGAUGGCGACACUCGGAGAGAACGGCCAGAUUACCUACAUGUCGAAGCACACGCACACCAGCGAGAACGGUACCGGUCCGAAGAAACCGCGCGAACCAACUCCUCCCAGGAAAGUGCAGUUGGCGGAACCAAUCGACAGUAAAGCCGCUGCCAUUUCUUCGAAAAACGUCGCUGGUCCACCGGUCUACUAUCCGCCCGGGCAUGAAAUGUUCGCCAAGAAGGAAAGCGAAGCCGCCGCCUGGCGGGCCCAGGGUGAAUAUGCAAAAGCGAGUGGAAAAUACAUGUACGAGUCGGAAAGUAAAUCGAAAAGCAGCUCCAAAUCCGGAGCCGCCGUUGUUCCCGUUUGUCUUCCGCUAUGCUGUGCCAUGCCGUGUAGCAUCAUGUGAGGGGUUGGGUGCCGUUGUUGCGUUGUUGUUGUUGGUAAUAAGAUGCAGCUAGUGUAAGCAAUGUAAUCUGGAAGCAUACUUACUUAAAAUAUUAACAAAGUUAACAUUUCACUUUUGAAAACAACGACAGAACAUGUGCCAUUUUCUCGAGAAACAAAAACGAAGUUCUUAUUUCCGGAAACAAAUUAUCUUUUUGCACGAGGAAUGAAUUCUCCGGAAGGUAAUGGCUAGGAAAAGAUAAAAGAAAAGCUUGGAAUCUCUAAAACUACAACGCGUAUUAACGAUAUUAUUUUGUUGUUAUUUUAUACAUUCUAAUUCAUGAUGCCAAUAAAAUUGCGAUUCAUAUGA